CGAUUUUAUGCUGUUGUCGUCAAUCUCUUAAUCAACAACAAACAUGUACACAAAUUUGGAAAAAACACGGAAGUGAAUGCAGACGAUAGUUGGAAAAAAAUGGCGAAACAACGAGCGCCCAACUUUACAUUACAAGAAAACACCCUCCUCGCUCAUUUGAUGGGUGAAGAGUACAUGAACUUCGGUAUGUCCAGGCAUAAACUGGACAGACAUAGGUUUACCAGCCAAAUUUCUAGCUCUGUAAAAAAGGAAAUGUGGUCAAAUGUGGAGACUACAUUUAACGCCAAUAGUACAGGGCCCCACAGAAAAGGGAGUGACCUCGAGAAAAAAUGGGAGAACCUCACAUCUACACAAAGAGGCAUCUACCAGGAUCAUCAGCGUAUGCUGACAUUGACUGGCAGUCCUCCGUUUAAUUCAAAAUGCACAAUCCUCACUGAGGCUGUGAUGAACGUAAUUGGAAAAGAGGGAGUUGACAUAAUGGGUAUUGGACCCAGCAGCCUAGACACCUCUAUUUUGCAAUUGACUGAUAUGUGUGAUGAUGACCAGCAAGAUGCUGAAAUCAACAUGACCAUGUGUACUUCAAGGUAAUCAUUAAAAUACACAAUUGAUGAUAGCUUGAACUUAUAACACAAUUAAUCAAAAUAUAUGUUUGUCAGAAACACAAUGCCCCCAUGAUUUACC